AACUCGAGGUCGUAUCCUGGGCAUGGUGUACACAAACUUGUUUUGUGGAACAGGUGAUUGAUUACAAAUUUCAAAUAGACUUUCAGUUUUAACUCGUUGUGACGUAUUUAUUCACGAUGGCAGAUUCAGAAGAUCAACCUGUAUUGUUAACAGAAGGAAGCAUUGCCCAAGAGGAUUCUGAGAAAGAUUCUGGGGACCAAGAUGUGAAAUCCGCGAAUGAAACUGAGCCGCCGAACGAUGGUGACGGAAGCGGGGACAUCGUCGAUCAGCCCGCCGAAACUCCUCCGACGAUAAGCGAGGAUGCACGUCCUUCAACAGCACCAGAAGCCGGUCUUUCAGCUAGCACUCUUCAAGAAGUUGAACGUUCUGUAUUGAAAGCUGUAUCAGAAACACCGUUGCCAGAUAGUUUAAAUGAUGGAGAAGAAGGAGGUGACGAUUUUAAUGAAGCAAUACAGCAAGACACCCUGAGUGAUAGAUUAGAUCAACUUCCUUGUGAUUUAGGAGAUGAUAUUGAAUACAUUGCCCCACCAGAAGAUCCCUACAUGAGAGCAGUAAACUACAUGGAGAAACAUAAAGUUAUGCAGAUGUUUCAGAAACUGACAGCUGAAAUUGUGUACCACAGACCCUCUGAUCCUCUCAACCACAUGCUGUCUGAAUUGCAGAAAAUGAAGAAAGAGAGAGAUGCUCAGCUUGAAGCUAGCAUCUAGUCAUUCACCAUCAGUCUGACUUUACCUCCAGAAUCAUCUUGCCUCGAUAGAAGAGUUAGAUCAUGAAAUGCUGAUAUUUGAAGGAAAAUGCUGUACUUCUGAUAUCAUGGAGAUUAACUUGGGAGAGUUUCACUAUAUGAAAGCCCUUACAACUUGGCUGGCAACCAUUCAGUUUAUUGAUUUUAGCAUAUGCCAAGACAAGACUAAAAAUAAAACAAUUUGCUGUAAUUGUCCGCUUCAUUGCAAAUGAUUAAAAAAAAUCAGUGUCUUGUUUUAACUUAAUCAUUCUCAAGAUGAGGGAAAAACUGAAAUACUGUAGUAAAAUAAUUUCCUCUUCAUUAUAUUAAAAUGACUUAAAAGAAAGUGGGGCAGUGUCUAUUGUACACUUCCAAAGCAUCAAAGCCAUUAUGGCUAAAGAUUCAAAUCUCAGUUGUGCAUACAUGUGUUCAAUUAAUGUCAGUUCUGUUGGCCCAAUGCUGUAUGAAUUAAUAUGGGAUUGCACACUGGGAAGGCAGGGUCAUAGUGCCCACACACAGGCUGCUCAGUUCAGACAUACCAUACAAAAACUAUUGUAGAUGUUCAGUUUGCUAGAGAAUAGUUUUUAAAUCAAUUCAUUGAAUGAAGAGGAAGUUUCAUCAACAUGUAAAACAGUAUUAAUGAAUGCUGUGCAGUCUACAUUUUUGUAUGCCUAUCUUCUAUAAUUUUGUUAGUUCUUAUAUGUUAGGUGGUCUUUGUAAUAAUACCAGUGUGUGAAAAUAUGCCUAAAUUUUGAUAAAAUUAUUAGCAGAUCGCUAUUAAGCAUAGCAGAUGUAAAUUGUGAAAAUUUAUGCUUAAGCAUAAACAAUCCCCAAAAUAGCCAGUAUACAAUACUCAUAUUAUGGUGUGAAAAAAUGGUGCUAUGUAAACAAGCAAAUAAAAUCAGAUGAAGUGAUUACAAAAAAAAGAAUUAUGGCAUUAGUAUUGUACAAUAGUUAUGAACAGAUGCUGUAGUGAGCAAUUGUAUAAGCGACAAGCAAUGUAUUACUGAACAUGCGCAUUUACGCUGAUGAGGAGAAAAAAACUUCCUUGUUUUUUCUAAAAAUAUCAAAAUAUUGUCAAAAUAGCUAAUGGUUUAUUUUCUUUGAAUUGUAGAACUUUGGUUAUUUUGUUUUAAUUGUACAACUUUUACCAUAGAAAAUACACAUGUGGUAAUGCAAUACAAUUUUUAAGUCAUUAAAAUAUUGCAUACUAGUAUAUGGGAAGAGGGGUGAAAUUAGAAAGUGAUAGUCUACAGAGACACUUGAUAUUGGCAAAAAUUUACAAUCUGUAUUUUCUGGAGAUACAUGAACGUGUAUGUGUGAAAUCGUGCAGGAAUUUUGAUAAAUUUUAAGAAAUAUUGUAACAUGUUACAUGUAAUUUCCAUUUGACAUGAUAUUGACAUAUAUUUGACAUGAUUGAGUUAAUUGAGUGUUAGGCAAUAUCAUGUACUUCCAUAAAUACAACAUGUAGUUUAACGCUAGUAAAAAUAUAGAUUGAAAACUAUCGUCUUUUGACAGAUACAUUUCUCAUGUUUCAUCUUCAUGUAGAAGAAGGAAGUAAAGAAGGUAUCUACACUCCUUUAACAGCCAAGUUGUUUUGAAUGAAAAGAAAACAAUCGUACAUCUACAUGUAAAAAUAGAAAUUUAACAAAAUUAGAGGUACAAUAAGUUAUGCCAUACUAUACAGCAUUACAUUAUUUUUUAAAAAUAAAGCUUUUCAUAUAAUGGGCAACAUGCAAAUGAGGAGCCAAUGAUGUCUCAUACUCACACCAACUAUUUUUGUACCCAAAGAACGUUUGAAAUCACAUUUAAAUAUGAUAUACAGAUGUAUUUCAUAUACAAAAGAAGUAGUGCGACACCAUAGACUCUUGUUUGCAUAGAUCUACACAUGUUGUGUACAUUGUAGAUGACUGUUUUGUGAAGAAAAGAAAGGUUUGAAAUAUCAUAAAUUACUUAAAUAAUCCUUACUGACAUUCCCCAUUGUUGAUCAUUUAAUCUUCACAGAUUUAUUCAAAUUAACUUGCAGUUCAGAUGGAAUCAUGCUUCAAAGUGAAGAAGUUACAAAGUAUGAAAUCAAAAUCUCUCAAGUCACAAUUGAAUAAAUAGAUCAUACCAAAGAUCAUGUACAUGUAGCUUGUUCAUGCUAUAUUGUAUGUUAUUAUAUUUGCAUGUUAUAUUUUAUAUAUAUGUCAAUACAGUGUUAUCUCAUGAAUCAUUGAUUAUAUAGUGACAUCAAUACGAGUGUUAUUCUGCUGUAACAAUUAAUAACUUAUAUUACAUGUAGAUUGUAACAGUAUAACAGGCGUCUGUAAAGUGUAGAUUGUGAAAUUUUAUGUUAAGUGCAACAACACAUUCAGCAGGAGUCUGGUCGUGUUUUACACUGAUUCUUGGACAGAUCACUGAAACACAUCUGUCGCUGGACUAUCUUAAUGUAAAUUAUAUAACUAAAAGCGAACUUAUAUCAUCACUGUGUGAUUUGCAUCAUUUAUUUUGCAUUCAGGUUGAUUUGCUCUCUCACAGAGCAGUCAAAACUUAAAUAUGCUGUGACUAUUCACUCAGAUUCAUGGAACCUUAAUUUUCCAUGAUAGUUAUUUGUUUUUUGUUUGAAUAAAACUUUGAAGAAAAUAUUGGCAUAUGGAUUGUAAUAGUUAUGGGACCAUGGCUCGGAAGGUGGGUGGUUGAUUCUCUUUUUGGCAACUUGGUGGCAUACAUGUAGGAUGCAGUAGUUAUUACCAAAUUUCCUUCUGUUUUUAAUAAACUGAAAUGUUAAAUUCUUGCUAUAAAAAAAGAGUGCCAUUUAAUAUAAUUCUGCUUUAUAUAUAUUUUUUAUAUAUUUCUAAGGAGUUUGAGUAUUGGUACGUAUAUGUAUAUUCAUGAAUAUGCAGUUUUACAUUUAUUUUAAAAAGUGAUUCAAUCAUUGCUAUUAUUCCUAUGUCUUGAAGGAAGAAAGCUGAAGCAGAUUUACAAAAAAUAAAUACAUGUACAAUAUAUUCAGAA